AUGAAGAACUCCAUCCUCGCUUCCAUGCUCUUUGGCGCACUCGCCGUUGCUGCGCCCGUCGACAGGCGAUCUCUCGCCUACAAGACUGAGGUCGUCGUCGAGACCGUCGUUGUCUACACCACUGUCUAUGAUGACUACCCCGUCGCUUCGGCCACCACCACGCCCGCUGGUUACUUCUACGAGCAGCCCGCCACUCCUUCUGCUAAGCCUACCUCGGCGGCUCCCGCUCCUUCUCCCGCUCCGGAGAAGCCUACCAGCGCCUAUGUUGCGCCCCCUCCUCCAUCGCCAACUCCGGUUGCCCCUUCAUCCGCUCCUGCGCCUGUCGUCGAGUCUCCUAAGCCAAUUGAGACUCCCAAGCCCGUCGAGUCGCCCAAGCCAGUCGAGUCGCCCAAGCCCGUGGAGACCCCUCAGCCUGCUCCCGCACCAGCUCCUGUCUCUUCUGCUGCGCCCGCACCCGCGCCCGCUCCUGAAUAUACCCCCGCACCAGCUCCAGCUCCAGCUCCGUCUAAGCCAUCCAGCGGAGGAGCCAUGGACUUCAACGACGUCGACAUGACCGUCUACAACAACCUCAAGGGCGACCUUGGUGCUUGUGGCAAGCCUCUCUAUGACACCGACAUGAUCGUUGCGCUCUCCAAGGAGGCUUGGGGCGCGUCCACCUACGACGUCAUGACUGGCGAGGCAACCAACCCCUGGUGCGGACAGAAGAUUGAGGUUUCGUACAACGGUGGUGAGCCCCAGAUUGCUACCAUCAUGGACAUGUGCCCUGGCUGCUCUGGCCAUGACAUCGAUCUGUCGCCUGCUGCCUGGAAGGCCGUCACCGGAACAGACGAGCUUACGCGCUACAAGGCCAGCUGGCGCAAGGUGGGCGGCAACUAA